AGACUAAAAGGGAUAAAAAAGAUACUUGACUUGUGUAGCUCCGCCUCGAUACCUUUAGGGAACUAUCCGGUCAAAAGAUGUGUCGGGGAUAUUCUUUUUCUUUGGCGAGUCUCUUGUUGAAGUUGGUCAGUGAAACUCUUGUUCGAAAAAACACCGUAACUUUAUACAGAUUCGUACGUGCUCAACUUUACCUAGUGCGCCGGGUGGCAACACGCAACAUCUUUCAUUGCCUUUAUGGGCCAUCAAACGAGAACUUAAGAUCAUUUUUAGAGAGGAAUCGCCAGCAACAAUUUCAAAUUAAAAAAAAAUAAAGAAAUGGAUAACAAGGCAUUCGAAGACUCAACCGAAAAUGAAGAAAAUUGUGUGGUGGAAGAAAAGGUGAAUAACAUACCCAUCGAUGUUAUUUCUGACACACAAGUUGGAAAGAUGAAGAAUGAAGUCGACGCCAGCAGUUGUUCAUACCGAACAGGUUAUCAAGGCCAAAUGGAAAUUCUUCCUACCUUGCACGAAUUGCAUAAUCCAGCGGCUGAAAGUCAACAACAGCAGGAAAUGAGGGUAACAAAAGCAAGAGAAUUUGCGGAUGGAAGCCGAUUUAAAGUGUCGACCUACGUCCCAACCGGAAUAGAAAUGGAAAACAUUCCGCAAGGAUCAGCCCAAAUUGGAAACGACAAUUCAAUCACAGGUUUAACCAAUCGAAAGGGAAGUGUAGCGACUGUUUCCUCGCAUGACAGGAAUCGAAAAAUGAGCCGUGAUGUCAUCCCCAGUAUAGAACAUUACAGAACACAACCAACGCAACAGGUUCAAACGACCGUCAGGCGGCCCACAAUGCACGAAUUAUGCAAUCCUGCAAACGAGGAGGUACAACUACAAAAUACCAAUGAGACGACAAUUGAUGAAAGUCAAAAUGAAAUGGAAAAAGAACCUGUUGUGGAACCUGUCAAAUUUGGAUGGAUCGAAGGCGUUUUAAUCCGCAACAUGAUGAGCAUCUGGGGUGUUAUGCUCUUCUUGCGACUCUCCUGGGUGGUGGCCCAAGCGGGAAUAGGCGAAACGUUGGUCAUCAUUGCCAUUUCAACGUUCAUCACUUUGGUGACGGCCUUGUCCAUGUCUGCCAUAUCAACAAAUGGAGAAAUAGGAGGAGGUGGCACUUAUUUCGUCAUGUCAAGGGUUUUGGGUCCGGAAUUUGGCGGAUCCAUCGGAAUCAUCUUCGCAAUCGCCAACGCGAUGGAUUGCUCCCUUAAUGUCGUCGGAUUCGCUCAAGCCGUGCAGGACAUGAUGUUGGAAUACGGCGGAGUAAUUAUCAUCGACGGAGCAGAUAAUGACAUCCGCAUCAUCGGAACCGUCACGAUGAUAUUUAUCACAGCAAUCUGUGGUCUGGGAUCCCAGUACGAAACAAAGAUGAAAGACAUCAUGUUUGUCAUCAUGUUGGCUUCAUUAGCUAAUUUCUUAGCCGGAAGUAUUAUGGGACCAUCGUCCGAGUUGGAAGAAGCAAGAGGAUUCAUUGGCUACAGCGUGGAUUUACUCACCGAGAAUUGGGAUCCAGCUUACACCAUCACCGGAGGACAAAUGCAGAAUUUUAUUUCCGUGUUUUCCGUUUACUUUCCAGCUAGUAUUGGUAUCCUGGCCGGUGCUAACGUUUCCGGUGAUCUAAAGAACCCAAAUUCGGCUAUUCCCAAAGGAACGAUCUUGGCCAUUAUUAUUUGCAGCAUCUCUUACGCCGGAGUGGCCAUCAUUUGUGCUGCCACAGUGGCACGGCAAGCUACUGGACGUGUUAUGGACUUGGCUAACGGCACCUAUUUAAAUUGCACUGCUGCUGGCAAUAGUUCAGAUUGCACGAGCGGACUCUAUUACGAUUACCAGGCAAUGUCUUUGGUCUCUGCCUUUGCUCCACUGAACUAUGUCGGUUGCAUCGCUGCUACAAUCAGUUCGGCCCUUUCGGAUUUUGUUUCUUGUCCGGCAUUGCUAGAAGUCAUCGCUGCGGAUGAACUCUAUCCUUACUGGAUGGUCGGCGUUUGGGGAAAAACUUACGGGAAAUCAAAGCAACCGCUUCGUGCCUUUGCCUUUACUUUCGUGUUGGCAUUAGCUUUCGUUCUUAUUGCUGAGCUAGACAUGAUAGCCUUGCUGAUUUCCGAUUUCUUCCUCGCCACGUUUGCUCUGAUGAAUUUCUCAACAUUUCAUGUUAGUUUAAUCAAACCGAUCGGAUGGCGACCUACCUUUAAAUAUUACAACACUUGGCUGAGUCUGUUGACGGGCCUAUUGUCCGUCGCCUCCAUGAUCCUCAUCAGUCUUCCUAUAGCCAUGAUCACAAUUGGCAUUGUCUCGUUUUUCUACAUGGUGGUCCUCUAUCGUAAACCAGAGGUUAACUGGGGAUCAUCGACUCAAGCACAAACGUAUCGGGCCGCUCUGACGAGUAUCCAACAACUCGUUCACAUCGAGGAACACGUCAAGAAUUAUAGGCCGCAGAUUUUGGUUCUAACGGGACUCCCCAACACUCGUCCAGCUCUGGUAGACUUUGCCUAUCUCAUUUGUAAAAAUAAUUCCCUGAUGGUCUGCGGAAACAUCGUCGAGGAACGAUUAACAUUUGAAAUGCGGUCGAAAUUGCAACAAAAAGCUUAUCGAUAUCUGCGAUUCACCAACAUCAAAGGAUUCUGUUCCGUUGCGGAUAAUUCAAAUCUCCACACGGGCGUGGCGGCCAUGCUGGGCCUUUCUGGUGUUGGUAAAGUGAAGCCCAAUAUCCUGAUGAUGGGAUACAAAAACGAUUGGUUAACCUGCGAUAGAAAAUCAUUGGAUCAAUACGUGUUGACUAUACAUACAGGGUUCGAAAUGAACGUCGGAGUUGCUGUCCUCCGAUUACAAGAAGGUCUCGACUGUUCAGAAAUUUUGGCUGACAUAGACGACCUGAUCCUGAACAAACUCUCCAAAGAUCAGAGUUCAAGUCACCAAGCGUACGAAUGGUCGGUUACCAGCAACGGUUCAAAUUUUUCACCGAAUCCAGACUCGUCAAAUGAAAAUAACGUGAAUGUUAUUGGAGAAGACUCGUCAUACGAUCCAAGUGAACGAAGACGAACUGUAGUGCUCGGAGUCACGAAAAACAAGAAGAGCAAAAAGAGCAAAAAAUUAGCUAUUACUUUUAGGGACCCAGAAGGAAAUGAAUUGCCGAAAAGUGUCAUGAACAAAAUCAUCUUGUUCCAGAAGAAACAGAAAAAGGAUACCAUCGAUAUUUGGUGGUUGAGCGACGAUGGAGGUUUGACACUUCUUUUGCCGGUCAUCAUCAACAGCAGAUCAAAUUGGUCAGACACUCGACUGCGCAUUUUCUGUACAGCGUCCGGCGUCCACGAGUUGGAACAAGAACAACAAGGGAUGGCAGUUUUACUAUCCAAAUUCCGGAUCGAUUAUUCCGACCUUGUGAUUAUCAGCGACGUUGACGAAGCUCCCAAAAAGAAAACCAAGAAAUGGUUCGAUGGACUUAUUCGACCUUUCCUCGAACCGAGGACAAACGGGCCUCGCAUAACGGAGGAGGAACUCGAAAUUUUCCAAUACAAAACCAAUCGUCACCUCAAAUUAAGAGAAUUACUCCUGGAUCACUCCUCAGAUUCCAACAUGGUUGUGAUGACUUUACCGAUGCCUCGAAGCGAAACUCUGAGUGCUCCACUGUACAUGGCUUGGCUGGAAGCUCUCACUGCUAAUAUGCCUCCGUUUAUGCUCGUCCGUGGAAAUCAAACAUCCGUUUUGACAUUUUACGUCUAAAAUCUUCAUAGGUUAAAAUUUUCUUUUCAAUUCGACCAUUUUCAAAAAUCGCGCACACUAGUUGAAUCGUUGUUACGUAAAAAUUGAAUAAAACAAAUAAUUAAUAAAGCUGCCAACUUAAUCUAAUGGAAAUUAGCAGCUUUAAAAAUUUCGAAUAAAUUAUUAAAUUAUAAACAGCUGCGAGGAAAAUUGAUAACGUCAUUCCUUUUCCCCACACAUGUUUUGAUAUUUAAAAACACGAGGGCAGGCAAUAUAAUGGCAUCGACAACUGCUCAAACACAUGACUGAUUUUCUAUGUUAAUUUGUACAUCCGCAAAGUCAUCCAAAUACACACCUUCACUAACUA